ACCAAACCAAGUCAAACCAAACCUAGUCGGGUUUUUUAAUCGAUUUGUUUGAUUUUUUGUUUUGAUGCGAUUUUUCGGUUAGGUUCGAAUACCCCUACAUCUAGUGAACUUGGUUUAUCGUUUGCUUCUAUCUUUUGAGCCCAAAGAGUAAUAAUAGGAUGUCUUAAUUAACUACUAAAUCAAGAAGGGAGAAAAGCAAUUAGCUUCAUAUCACCGCCACUCUUUGUUUAUCUCUUAUGAUAUUAAUUAAACUAAUUUUAUAUCUUCAUGUCUUCGGAUGUAUGUAUCCAAAACUUUAAAGUAUUUAAUAAGUAGUAGUAUUUUAAAUGCUAAAAUGAUUAUAUUAGCUGCUAUUCAUGUGAUUGGAAAAUGCUUCUCCUUCUAGUAAAGUCAUACGCGUUGUGGAUUUCACAUGGAUUGAAUCACUAAAAUAAUACAGCUAAGAAAACCCUAAUUUAAUGUGUCUUAGCACAAUGGAUCUGUCUUUAAUCUUCCCUUGUUAAGUAGGAUAUCAAAAAAUCAUUAACAUAUCAGGUUAUUGCUAUUUAAGCUAUCUAAUUUCCUUAUUAGAGCUUUUGUCAUAUUUCCAAGAACUUGAGUAGGAAACUUAUAUACCUGUGGUAUACAUUAUAUACAAUGAAUAUACAGAGGAACAAGAUUUGAUGAGUCAAAUUUUCCGAGAGCAAAUCGAAGAUUUUGUCAAUCCAAAUUUGGUAAUAUUCUUCUCAUUAUCAUUAUCAAUCUUGUUGUGAUAAUUAAGCAAAGGAAAAAUGGAAGAUCAUGGAGUUGGAAGCAAAGUGACAGGUAUUAGGCAAAUUGUGAGACUCAAAGAGUUAUUACAUAAAUGGCAGAAUGUGACACUUAGUCCCAAAGCAAACAACAACCAAAACCAUUGUACUAAUGGCCACCAUUUUCGAUCUUCCAAUAACAAUAGUAAUGGAAAUAUUUAUGGAGGCAUAUCACCAGCUAUAAUGAAGAGGUUAAAGAGUUCAAAUGUAUGUUGCGAUUCAGACGACGAGAGUUGCCAGAGUCCAGAGCCACCACAUGGUGUUCCUAAAGGUUAUUUAGCUGUUUAUGUUGGACCUGAGCUUAGAAGAUUUAUAAUUCCUACAAGUUAUCUUAGUGAUCCUUUGUUCAAAGUUUUGUUGGAAAAAGUUGAAGAAGAGUUUGGAUUUGAUCAUACUGGUGGACUUACAAUUCCUUGUGAGAUUGAGACUUUUAAGUACUUACUUCAGUGUAUGGAAAAUCAUCAGAGAGAACAUGGUUCUGAUCAUCAACAUGAUUCUGCUGGCUCUUCAUUGCAAAUUGAGGGGUGAUUUAGUGAUGGUUGAAAUUUUAGGGAUGAUUUUUUCUUUCUUUUUCCUUGUUCUGGUGUUAAGCUAAGAUUGCCUCCUUGUAAUGCAGAUUUGACAAUUCUUUUUUUUCUUUUUUUCUUUUUUUACCUUCUACCUUUGUAUUUAAAGUUAAUGAAAAAAAAAGGAAAACAAAAAAAGAGGUACUCUAGUUAGUUAGAAUUUUAAAAAGGUUAAUUGGCAAGAGACAGCAGAAACCUUUGACCAUUUGUUGGUAAUAGCCUGCAAUAUCUUAGGGUUUAUUGACUGAACUGGGCAACUGUUGCAGUUUUAAGCAAAAUAGCCAAGUGUAUUUUACUUCUCCUGUCCAUGCAAUUAGUAUAAAAUUGAAGCUUUGAUUUUGUCUC